CUGCUCUUCCUCUCCCCCGACCCUCUGCACCCGAUGAGCUCCCCCGUUACCGCCACCCAUUUUCCGGCAGGAAAUCCGGCAAAGCUUGGGGAUUUCUCCCUAUUUUCUUGUCUUAGAACACCUGUUGAACCCAGAAAAUCCCAGAUCUGCGUCUUCCUCCCUCUGCUGUUCGUCGGCUGCUAUGUGGGUGUGAUGUUUUUGGGCUUUUUCUGGUAAGAUUUAGCCAUGAAUCCCUCUCUUUAACUUUGAUUUAGGCUGGGUUUAGUUUAAUUGCUUUUGUUUCCUUCCAAUUUUUGGGUAGCCGCGAGUUCCCCUGCAGAAUUUCUUCUUCUCUGUCGUCGGCUUCUACCCCUUGCUAGGCUCGGUUUUGCUUGCUAAAUUCUGGUAAGUAGCCGUCUUUUCCAAGCUUAAAAUGACCCAUUUAAUGGCUGGGUUUUGUCCAUUAGUUGAUGCUCUGUGUUGUCCGAAUCUGCUGGGAUAGUGGAUGAAUUUGGUAGCCCUUCUAAAUGUGUUUUAAGCUUGAUUAUGUAGAAUUUAGCUUGAAUUAGCUGCUGUGAUGAUUUGUGUGAAAAAUCCCCGGGAGUGUGUUAAACACUGGCACUACCUGACGCCUGCCAGCGGGAGUGUGUUAAACACUGGCACUAUUACUGACGCCUGCCAGUGGGAGUGUGUUAAACACUGGCACUAUUACUGACGCCUGCCAGUGGGAGUUUGUUAAACACUGGCCAUGACUUAUAGAUGAGACUACUGAUGGGUUUUAUUCCGCAUGAACGGGUUGUCAUGAAACACUUUGUUAUUGAAUCGAACUGGAUUUUGCAUUAACGGUUUUGGCACUGAACGUUUUUGCUAUUGAACUGAAUCUGAUUUUGUUUUAACGAGUUAUCAUUGAAAGCUUUGUUAUGCUUAUAUGGUUUACUCGGCAUGCUUAAAAGUUUUACCCAAGGGCUAUCCAUAUUUACUUACUGAGUUAUCUCAUAGUUUUCCUUGUCCACCAUUUCAGGAAGUGAAACCGAGGACGGGGAAACCGAGGGGAGUGACGAGUUAGAAGGCUAACCAUUCAAUUGGGGUAUAAGUUUUAGAUUCUAUCAUCCUUUUGUAAGGUUGAUUUUAUUCAUUUAAUGGAUUGUCAGAUGUGAUUUGGUUAAGUUCCGAGCCUUGUGCAUUCGUGGGACCCAUCUCACGAGUGUACGGCGUCUAUCGCGCCUCGGAUUUGGGUUCUGGGGCGUGACACAAUUUCAU